AUGGCUCUCUUCUCUUCCCUGACCCCUGUUAUUAUUGCAGUGAUUUGCAUUUGUUUGGCUGUCCUGUGGAGCAGUAUCAAAAAAGAAACGGGAGAGAGAAAAGUCAAAACUGAAGAGAGAACCAGUUCCAGACGCUGGGCAGAUGAAGACUUAGGAGAUGAGACAGAGCUUAUGGUGGAUGAGAAUGCUGGGGAUUUUCUUGAAAAAGACCUUGAAGUGCAGCAUAUUCCAUAUUCAGCACCGCGUUACUCAGAGGAUGAAAUGAUCUGCAGAGCUAAUAAGUUUUACCAGCAGAUGAAUGCACGAAGGAGUAUCCGCUUUAUCAGUGAGGAAAUGGUACCCAGGGAAGUGAUUGACAGUAUCAUUAGGACAGCAGGCACUGCUCCAAGUGGAGCACAUACAGAACCCUGGACCUUUGUAGUUAUAGAAGACCCAGAGACAAAACAUCAAAUUCGUGCAAUAAUUGAGGAGGAAGAAGAAAUUAACUAUAAAAAGAGAAUGGGAAAGAAAUGGGUCUCUGACUUAAAGCAAAUGAGGACGAACUGGAUUAAAGAUUACCUCGAUGCUGCGCCCUAUCUCAUCCUUGUAUUUAAGCAAACCUAUGGAAUCUUACCCACUGGCAAGAAGACCCAUUACUAUAAUGAGAUCAGUGUUUCAAUUUCCUGUGGAAUUCUCCUGGCAGCUCUGCAGAAUGCUGGCCUUGUGACAGUCACUACGACCCCUCUGAACUGCGGUCCUCGAGUGCGUGUUAUCCUUGGGCGCCCAGCAAAUGAAAAGCUGCUGCUGCUGCUGCCAGUUGGUUACCCAGCGGAAGGUGCUACUGUGCCAGACUUCAAACGCAAGCCACUGGAUGAGAUCAUGGUGUUUGUGUAG